UUGCGCGUCCAUUCCCCCCAGCCUUUCCUCAAUUUAAUUUAGUGCGUUUUUUCCCAAAAAAAGGAAGAAAGAAAAAUCACAGAUGACAGAUGCCCCUCCCACUGUGGGAGGAGCUAACCCUCCAGCUCUUGGACACCUUGGAGAUUUCGGCCGCUGUUUCUGUUUGGUUACGGAAGUGCCAGAAGAAGAGGUCCUCUGAGCUGAAGAGGGCAAAAAUCAUCCUUGGAGAGCCGAGCUACUUUGGGGGAGAUUAAACCCCCCCUUGAGGACUGCGGCACCUGGAAACCCCCCAGCUUCGCAGCUUCGAAGUCUCCGUUUCCAAAGGGACAAUGAGAUAGAAGUGGCGCCGAUGGACAGUGGCGCCGUCACCAUUCAGAAUAGCAAGCUUCGAAAACUGAAGGCCGCCCGCCAAAACUUGCUCCAACACUAUGAGCGCCUGCCCAUCAUUUCCUGCUUGGUUGGGCUGUAUAGCUGUCAGUGGAGGUGGUUCCAUCACCCAAAGGUAGAGCCGGGAGAAUGGUGCUGCUCCAAGAGGGAGUGUGUGUUUUACCCAGUGUUGGUGACGGCGUUCUGUUCCUCUUUUGUCUUUCUGUACAUGUGGAGUGAAGCGGAGAAUGACUACAAUAACUUUGACUGGUUCAGCUACAUCAACUUGGGCAUCUGGUUUCCUUGGUCUGUUAUGCUCCUAGCCAUGGCGGCGGUCUGUUUCGCCUACAUCUUGCUCUUGGUGAUGAUGGCCGUGUGCCUAGUGUCAGAAGGCCAGCAAUUAUACCUGCAUUGGUGCCAUAAGGUAAAUCAGGCUGUCUGCUCAUCCUCCUUCGCAAAGAUCUGGACUGUGUUCAUUUUGGUCCUCUCCAUUUCCAUAUUAGCCGUGAUCACAGUAAUGUGGACCGUACAGUGGAAUACGGUUGUCUUGUCAAUGCAGUUUACUGCUCCCUUCCUGCAUGUGGUCGCUCUCUUCUGCAUGGUUCUGUUGUCUUGGCCCGUGGCUCUGUAUACCUUCCGGUUGGACAAAAAAGUUUUUCAGGUGACCAUGUUGGCGCCCUACUUGGCCCUGCUCUUCUUCCUGUUCUUCAUCCCCCUAGGGAUGUAUUCUCCUUGCAUCCGGGAAAAAGGCACUUUGGGCCCGAAGCCAGCCCUGAUUGGCCACAGAGGAGCUCCGAUGGUGGCUCCUGAAAAUACAUUCAUGGCAUUUGCGAAAAUUGUUGAGCAUCACGGUGACGGGUUCGAGACAGAUGUCAGAAUUAGUCUCGACGGCGUCCCCUUCCUCAUGCACGAUGAGGAUUUGAGAAGAACGACCGACGUGGAGGAGGUCUUUCCCGAAAUCGCUAACCAGAGCGCCGCCAUGUUUACCUGGGAUGAGUUGAGUAAGCUGAAUGCCGGGAAGUGGUUCUUCAAGAAGAAGCCGUUCCGCAACAUGCCCCCAAUGUCGUUCUCUGACGUCAGGUGGGCCAAAGCGCAGACGGUUUACAGGUUCAGCGAGUUCCUGAGUCUCGCCGACCAAGAGAACAAGCUGGUCAUCUUUGACCUCAAGCGUCCUCCUGAAGAGCAUCCCUACAGGCACACCUGGAUCUUUAGGACGUUGUACGUGAUGCUCCAAGUGGCAAAAAUCAAGCCCCAUUUGGUCUUGUGGCUGGAAGAUACUGAGCGGUCCCAUGUUCGACUAGUUGCUCCUGGAUUCCAGCAAACGUCUCAUAAUUCAGUUCCUCUCGCAGACCUGCAAGCAGAGAAAAUUGUGAAGCUCAAUCUGAAUUACAGAGACAUGAGCUCCGACAGCAUUCGGAAAUAUGCAAAAGCCAAUAUAACCACCAACCUCUACGUGGUCAACGAGCCCUGGCUCUUUUCCCUAGCCUGGUGCGCCGGAGCGCAUUCGGUCACGACGGAUGCCGUUCACGUCUUACAUGGCCUCACAAAGCCUUUAUUCCUGAUGGAGCACCAACUUUUUAAGCCCGUGGGCCCCUUCGGAAUUUCGAUACGCCGUUGUGAGCCCAGCCACAAGAUGGCUGCCAUUGGACGAGGCAGAGGAAGCCACACAAUGUCUACAACUUACCUUCAGUCACACAGUGAAGACUCUUGGGACUCCAUGGGAUUACCAACUAAUGUGGAUCCUCACAGACGUGCUCUCGGGCGUUUUCAUCUGUCUGGUGUUUCUUCUUCACUGGUGGAGAGAGAAGGAAGCCUACUCCAGUAACACUCCUGAUAGUCUUGCGAGUGGCACUUACAGCUCAUUUGGAACAGAUCUUAGCACGAUGCCAGGUUUGCCAACUUUGGCCUAACAGCCUGUCCGAGAAGCCCUUUCACUCGAGGCCGAAGAUUCGUAUCGAUCCACUUUCGUAUCUGCAGACGAACUGAAUGAAGAUUCGUAUCUGCAGAUGAACUGAAUGGUGCUCCGUUAAACUAUAGAAAUGUGUGGUCCAAUGACUGAAAUGCAAAGAAGAAGCGUGGCUGUGCUUGGAUUUGACCGAUCAGUUUGGAGCAUUUCAUCCCCAAUUAAGAGCCGCAGAACGUCCAGUUUUCAGUAGGAAUUGUAAAGGUGGAACUAUCUGAAAUGAUGGAUUUUAUUCGAGGACUUCCCUAUCCUCUCCCAAACUCUCCCAUGUUCCUGGGAUGUUUGGCUUAUGGUUAGAACAUAAUUUUUCCAGAAACCAACUCAUACAAGUCUUUGUACAAAGGGCUCUGUUCCAGAAGCGACCUCAAAGGAUGUUAGUAUUUUGUUAGCCCUGUGAUUCCUGCCAGAAAAGCAAAUAACAAGGGUUACCUGCAACAGCUCGGUGGAAAGAGGACCGCAGAAGAUCAUUUUCCACAUCUUCCGUAAACUCAAGCCAUUUCACAUUUUUUUUUAAAAAAAGAAUGUAUGUAAAGAAAUCAAAAGUUUUAUUUUUAAAAAGGUAUGGAAGAAUAAAACCCAUCCAUGAAA